AUGCUCAAACUGGCAGAUCUGACGGCCGUCAGGGGCACCUGCAGCUCGCUCUACCGGCUAGCCGUGCGUGCCCGCCCGUCAGUCUCCAUCCGCGUGCCCCCCAAGCUCCUCCCCGACUUCUCCUCCUUCCACCCAUCAUCUCACUUUGCCUCCCUAACUCUCUUCAUCCAUCCCCACCCCUCCCCCUUGCCUUUCCCAGUGCGCGCCCGCCCGUCAGUUUCCAUCCGCCAGCCCCCCAAGCGCCUUCCGGCUUCCCCUCUUGACUUACCUUCCACUCCCAUUUCCCUCUGCUUCCCCCUACCACCCCCGCCCUCCCCAGUGCGCGCCCGCCCAUCAGUCUCCAUCCGCCAGCCCCCCAAGCGCCUCGCCGACUUCCCCUCCUUCCUCGCCCGCGCCGGCCCCUCCCUCUCCGCCCUCACCAUCCUCCCCACCGCGCAGCUCCCUGCCACGUGUCUCACCCUCAUUGGCCAGCACUGCCCAGGGCUAGUUACCCUGAAUCUGACGGACCAGAAGGGGGUGACAGAUACGGUGUUGGCAGGAGUAGGGGGAGGUUGUGUAGGGUUGAAGACUCUCAAGGUGAAGGUGCAUCACGGGAAGCUGAGUCAAGGGCUAGAAGCGAUUGCUGCCAACUGCAGGAUGCUAGAGACGCUCUCUCUUCCCACUCAGGUGAAGGUGCGUCAUGGGAAGCUGAGCAAAGGGCUAGAGGCCAUUGCUGCCAACUGCAGGAUGAUAGAGAUGCUCUCUCUCCCCACUCAGGUCCGGGAGUCAAGCCUCGGGCCGCUCCUCUCCUCCUUCCCGCACCUCACACGUCUCGACCUGAGUUGGAGCACCAAACUCGCUGACCCUGCUUUCGCCACCAUCGCCUCCUCAUGCUCCCGCCUCACGCACCUCGACGCCUCCUUCUCCCAGAUCUCACACGUGGGCCUCGCCUCCCUCGCUGCCCACUGCCCUGCCCUCUCCUCCCUCCACCUCAACGCCUGCCAUGCCGUCCGCCCACCCCUCUGCCUCGCUAUCUCACACACAGGUCUCGCCUCCCUCGCUGCCCACUGCCCCGCCCUCUCCUCCCUCCGCCUCAACGCCUGCCAUGCCGUCCGCCCACCCCUCUGCCUCCCAGUCCUCGCCCGCCUCCCCUCCCUGCAAUCCCUCGACCUCGGCCAAAGCCCCCUGCUCCCUGAUUGGAUAGAGGGAAUUAUAUCGCUACAGGCCGGGGUACAGGACAGGGUAUGUGGAGGGAAGGAGAGGUCGGGAGGGAAGGAUAGGUGUGGAGGGAAGGAAGGGCCUGGGGCAGCGGCAGGGACUACUCCCCUUGCUGGUUUUCCUUGCUCUGCUUCCGCUCCUGCUGUUGCUUCGACUGCUUGUACCCCUGCUGCUGCUACCGCUGCUGCUGCUGCUGCUGCUGCUGCUGGAGCAGCUUCGUCUGGUCACCUGCUACCCUCUCUUCGGACGCUCACUGCCUACUUCCAGGCCAACCAAACCAUCCGUGCCACGUGGAUCGAAAGUCUCGCUCUCGCCUGUCCCACUCUCUGCCGCAUCAACUUUGGCACCACAUCACGCAUCCUCCUCUCCCCCACUCCCUCCACCACCACCACCACCACCACACAACUCACCACGAGCAGCAGCAGCAGCGCCGUCAACGCCCUCCCUGGCCCACCCACCAGCACACCCUCUCCCUCAGCUCACAGACGCAUCCUGACGCCCAGAAGCCCCGGCAUCUUCUCCCGCCUCGCAGCCCUUGCCUCUCCUCGCACCAAGCCGCAUGAAGGGCCCCCACGGGCUGGAGGAGGACCCUCCAGUGCUGGGGUUGGCUGUGCUGGUGGCAGUGCUGCUGCUAGGAACGGUGCUGGUAGUGGUGGUGCUAGUGAUGCUGCUGCUUCGUUGGUCUCGGCAGCAGCACCAGCACCGGUAGCAGCAGCUGCUGCUGCUCCCAGAGAUACUGACACUGCUUCUCCGGCUCCCCUUCCUGCUACUCCUCCUCCUCCCACUGCCCCCACAGCUCUCUCUUCUGCCACCGCCGCCACCGCCUCUGCUCACACUCCUCCCAGAACCCCCAACCACGCACCACCGCUCGAGUCCCUCGUGCUGCCCUGCUUCGGAAUGUCAGACACAGUAAUCUCCGCCAUUGCUUCCGCCUGCCCCAGCCUCACGUCUCUCCGCUUCGACCCCGGUUCUAAGAAGCGCUACGCGAAGAUUCUCGGAAUGUUCCAAGUCGCCGGCGCGCUGGAUAUCGACUGCACCGUGACAGACGCUUCGCUCCAAUCACUGGCCGCCAGCUGUCCGUCACUCUCAGAGCUCCACCUCUUUUCAGACUACCUUCUCGGCACCGGUCUCUCCUCCCACUCCCCCACUGCACCUGCUUCCACUUCCCCAUUACCCGCUCUUCCUGAUCACAAUCCGACAUCCUCCUCUCCUGUUCCCAAUCGUGCUCUUCUCUCACUGACCCGGGAGUUGCCUGCAUAA